CUUCUUCGUCCGAUGUUGCGCUACGCUGCGUAUCUUCCGGUACCCGUGAUUCCUCCGAGUCGGCUCGGGUUGCCCUACCCUACCGUGCCUACCCAAUAUCGAAGGGGAGGGCAGGGAAGGGUAGGGAACGGAGGUUUAUUUUGAAACGAUCGAUGGAGCCAACGAGUGUCAACUAUGGAGUCGUGGAAGCGCCGAUAUCUGUUUAUGAUACAGAGUAUCGGAGACAGUUCUCGUCCCCAUAUGGUCACCGCCGACACGAGAGACAUGGCAGGCCCUGUUCCCGUUUGGUGUAACGUCUUGACUUGGCCGUUUCCCAAAUGAAGCUCGUGUUCUUCUGGUGUCGAUAGGCAGAGGGCAAUUCUGGCCCCAAGAAUGCAUAUCGAAAGAGUGGGCCAAUGGGGGGGUGGACACGCGCAAUCCCGCAGGGCAGAGCCAUCUGUGAUUGGCCAAUGGGCGUCGGGGGUGCUGAAGAAGAGCCAACCCUCUGUGGGAAGCGAGAUUGCAGAACAGGCUCAGGCUUGAUGCCCACCACCAGGCCUGGGCUGUUUCUUCAACGGCCAGCAGCAAUUUUAAUUACUGACGGGAGGAUCCUAUAUCCACGUCGGCGCCCUUGCUUGGUGUUUCUUGCCCUUUCCGAUCUCUCUCUUUUUCUUUUUUUCUUCUUUUUUCCCCCCCCUCUUUGCAGUCCAGUACAGUCCCAGGAGCACCAGAUCCCGCCCCAAACACAGGACCCAACACAAAGCAGCGCGGAAGCCCCCCAUGGAGGAGACUGCCAGGAGAGGACAACGAUCCUAAGAAAAGGUGUCGACACAAACUCACGAUGGAAUGAUAGCGACCAUGACUAUGACAAGUCAACUGCACCGAAUCACGCAGCACCACAUCCAUUACGAGCUGCGGCAAUCCAACGCAGCACCGCCAACCCAUCGAAUACGGGAUUCCUCCUGCUAGGGCCCUGCCAGGCGAACACCAAUACGGGUCCCGUACCGACUACCGAUCACCGAGACACGCCCAACACUCCUUUUUGGGCAACGAAUAGCUGCCGUCACUCGUUUUUUCCCACUUUUUUCCAAGUUGCGCUGCCUACGCAAGCGCCAUGACUAACCACAACCAAGCCGCUGGUGGCCCCGGGUCUUCACUCUUUCAGGCCCGCCGCACCCGCCACGAUCACGCUCACAGCAACCACUCUCCCAUCCUCCUCAACCAUCACAACCAGCACCGACACCUGCACCGGGAGUUCUCUCAAUCGCUCGAGAACCCCCAACAACCACAACCGAACCACCACGCUCGUUCCCCCUCCGAUGCGAAACUGCAGCCGCGCCAGGUCGUUGUCGUCCAAACUGUUUCUGUCGUCCAAUACGUCGAUGCUACAGGCGCACUCGUUAGCCUUUCGACCCUUCGCUCGGAUCCCGUCGCACCGUCGCCCAUAGACACCCUCCCGGCAGCCGUCACUGCUGGCCUCACCACGCCCGACGACCUAUUGCCCAGCGUGUCUCUCCCCGACCCGACGCUCGAUCCCAGCCAGGAUGGCACGCCGACGCCCACGCCUCCGGCCGUGACCGAGCCCGAGUUCUCAUCUUCCUUCCAGUCAACGUCCGUCGAGACGCUGACGUCCACUCCUUCUGGCAUAACGCCACCGUUUCCCAUAUUGUCCUCGGGGAACUUCAACUCCUCGUCUACGCGCCUACCGCCCACAAUCUUUACAAACAGCACACUACCAGCUCUCUUUUCAAACUCCACCAGGACCUCGACAUCCUUCUUUCGUUCAACAACUUCAUCUUCUUCUUUUACCAAGAGCAGCACCAGCUCACGCACUCGACUGACUUCGACCACGACCUCGUCUGCCCCAACAGUAGUGAUCAACGGGUUCGGCGAUGAUGCCGGCGGCGUAAGAGGCAUCCCGGCACCGCAACCUACAGCGGACGACACUGGUUCUGAUCCUGGCCCUGGACUGACCCCCGAGGCCAGAAAUGCCGUGGUCGGUGGAGUGGUGGGCAGUGUUGCUGGUAUCGCCAUUGUGGCUUUGGUCUUGAUGUUUUUCCUCAAGUGGAGGAAACAGCAGGGGCGAGGAAUCAUGCUGCUUGGGGAUGGAGACAGCACAAUUCGCGGCAGAGGUCUCGGAUCCGGUCCAUCAUCUGGGCCCAGCGGAGGCGCAGGAAGAAUGUCGCAGAUCAGGUUCCCAUUCGCCGUUCCAUCCGCACUUGCCAAGCUAAACGGAAACCGAGCCAUCGAGGCGCCACCGGCCGAACCACAAGAGAAGGGAUUCUAUCGCGUUUCUGGAAGGAAGUUGGUAUCCGUCUUGGAGUCGGGGGGGGAUGGAUGGUCCGAUCCGGAUCCACGCAACAGUGUCGGCACGUCUUACUACAGGGACUCACAGGCCUUCCUCGAAAGUUCGAACCUCCCUCCCUUGCAACUAGGCUCACCGAUGCGACCCGAAAGCGGUGUUAUCGUUUACCACGACGGCCCAGCACGAACGCCAAUUGAGGAGCACUCGCCUAUGUCGGGCGGUCAACGUCGUUCCGCAUUUCCCAAUCUGCUCCAGGUCCAGGAUCCCGUUGGUCGAAGUAUCAACAUACAACACGCCGGAUCUCGCGUCUCACAAUCUCGAUUCACCGAAGAUUCAUAGCGUCUGAAAACAAUAGCGCCUGAAAGCAUAGCGUCCGAAAGCAUCUGCGCUCAUCUAUAGCGUAACACUUGUACAUGCCCGCACACACCUACACCUAUUCAAUAAUAUCUGGGUUUACCACUGGCGUCAGAGGGUUGGAGAGACAAUACUCAUGUUUUUUUUUCUUUCUAGAAGAGCGAGUUAUCUUUGACUUGUUGGUCUAGCCCCAUUUUUCGAUACCUUUUUGCUUGUCAUCUUUUUGGAUAUACCAGAAACUAUUUUUUGCGAUUUUCCGGUCAGACACAGACAGCCGCAGGACCUCUUUUUACAUGGAUAUACAUUAUUUGGGAUGCGAGGUCUUGGGGGGCUGUGGGGUGCUGGUUUUGGAAAUGUAUUGGUUGCUUUUGUUUGGCUCGACUGGGAAGAUGGAAAUCAACUAGUCGCGUGGAACAGAAGAUUUUUGGACUUGGAGGGUUAUAAAAGAGAUCGAAGAAGGAGAGCAAGCGGAUGCGUACGGGGGGGGUCUUUUAUGUGUGUCUGUGUGUGGAAAACUUUUUUGUUGUAUAUAUUGGGGCCUUUUUUUUUGGGCAU